CACAAAUCCUGGCAGCUGAUUUGAGUUGUGGAGACGUGUACUUUCGGUGCCGAUUUAAACGUCUUGCUAGUUCAUUUGAAUUUCAGUUUACAAGAAUACAUAUCGUUAACGCUGUCGAGCGACUUUUUGUUUUCCUAAUGGCGACGGUAGAGGAACUGAAGCUGCGCGUGAGAGAGCUGGAAAAUGAACUAAUAAAGUGCAAGCAGAAGCAGUGUGCCAUGGAGGAUGCACUUCACAGACCGAAAAUAGACAAAAUGAGCGCUGAAGUUGUGGAUUCCAACCCUUACAGUCGUCUCAUGGCUUUAAAGAGAAUGGGUAUCGUGGAUGAUUAUGAGAAAAUCCGGACAUUUACAGUAGCUGUGGUUGGUGUUGGUGGAGUUGGCAGCGUGACAGCUGAAAUGCUCACUAGAUGUGGCAUUGGUAAGCUGCUCCUCUUCGACUAUGAUAAAGUAGAGCUGGCCAAUAUGAACCGACUAUUCUUCCAGCCUCACCAGGCUGGCCUUAGUAAAGUGGAAGCAGCAGAGCACACACUCAGAAACAUCAAUCCAGAUGUGUCAUUUGAGACCCACAAUUAUAAUAUUACCACCAUGGAAAAUUUCACACAUUUCAUGGAUCGCAUCAGUCAUGGCGGACUGGAAGAAGGGAUGCCAGUGGAUUUGGUCCUGAGCUGUGUGGACAAUUUUGAGGCCAGGAUGGCCAUUAAUACAGCGUGUAAUGAACUAGGUCAGAUCUGGAUGGAGUCUGGUGUCAGUGAGAAUGCUGUAUCAGGACACAUCCAGCUCAUCAUUCCUGGAGAGACGGCCUGCUUUGCUUGUGCUCCUCCCCUGGUGGUAGCAGCUAACAUUGAUGAGAAGACCCUGAAGAGGGAAGGUGUGUGUGCUGCCAGCUUACCAACAACCAUGGGUGUGGUCGCAGGCAUCCUGGUCCAAAAUGUCCUGAAGUAUCUGUUAAAGUUUGGUACGGUCAGUUAUUAUCUUGGCUACAACGCCAUGCAGGACUUCUUUCCCACCAUGGCCAUGAAAGCCAACCCCCAGUGUAAUGACCACCACUGCAGGAGACAGCAGGAAGAGUACAAGAAAAAAGAGGCAGAGCGACCCAAGGUGGAAGUUGUAGUGGAAGAGGAAGAGGUUGUACAUGAGGACAAUGAGUGGGGUAUUGAACUAGUAUCAGAGGUGACUGAUGCAGAGCUGCAGGCUGCAACAGGCAUUGUGCCUGACCUCCCAGAAGGCAUCACUGUGGCUUACACCAUUCCAGCUGAGGAUACAGCACAUGGGGAGACAGUGGAGGAGACCGAGCAGAGUCUAGAAGAGUUGAUGGCUCAGAUGAGAAAGAUGUAAGCAAGCAGUGACUUGAAGACACAUUUCUGCCAUUCAGAUAAAACAUGCCUUUUCUCACAUGUAUUUCCCAUUGCUUUCCUUGAUCAUGAACAAUCUAAUGAAGGCUGCUUAGGGACAAAAAAGCCAAAGCCAGUUAGUGACAACCCAGAAUUAAUUCCUUCUAACAGUUAAAGAAGGGGAAUACAUUAAAAGUGCUGCUGAUGGCAUUACUUAAGAGGACACAAAAAAAUGCAAAAACAGUGUAAUAUGUCAGUUUACUGAGAAGGUAUGGAACAGUCUCUCAUAUAAUAAAAAUACACCUAGGAUUACAUCACUGUUAGUGCAUUAACGUGUCUUAAUGUUUAUUUUCUACAGUUUUGGUCAGUGAAUGUAUGUGCCCCAUCAGUCACUCAGCUUAAAACAAAAAAACAUCUGCUACAACAGAACUCAUGAACAAUGCUUAAAUUGUCUCAAUAAAGUAUUUAUUGAUGGAAUAUAA